AUGGAUGCGAAAUCUGAUGAUGGGGAAGAGAACGAAUUUGUUCCAUCUACUGAACCAAGCCUCUCCAAAGAGGAAGAUUGUGAUGGUCCCGUCUCUGAAACUGAGGAAGUUUUAGGCCUCGUUGCUGAAUCAGAAGAGUCCAGUGAGGAUACUGACACAGAUGGCGAAUAUGUGCCAUCUUCCGAGCCUGACUCCAUAACUAGUCAUUGCAAACUUUGUUAA